GGUUCUUCUAAGUACACUCCCAGUGACUUUUAGCACUGGUUAACGUUGAAACGUUAACCCUGGAGACGCUGAAGUGUGGGGAGAGGUGUUAGGCUCUGUGGUGGUCGAUGUGUGCUCCCCAUGGCCCUUCAGCCAGCCCAGGUGCGUGGGUUUGGUGCGCGGGAGAGAACGCUUCCAACCCGUGUCUGGUAGGGCCCAGGAGGAAGCGUGCUUCGGCUCGUACCGUGCGCUGGACAUCUGCCAUGCCGUGCUCUGAAAAAUAGGAUGAUAAUAAUUCUGUGUUGGGAUUAUCGUUAUAGGGUAAUAAUAAGUGAAAGUUAGGGUUAUCAUGUUUAAAGUUACUAAGCUGAGACCAGGUAGAGUAGUUUUGGUUUUCUACAUUGUGACAUCGGUGACAAACUUGCCUGUGCAGUUUGUUAUACACUAGGCUGGGGGGAGGAAAAGUAAGUGGUUUUUUUCAAACUAGUGGUUUUUUGCCUUAAACUGGGAUUAACUUUCAUAUGGAAAAUGACGUAAAUUAGAGUCCAAAGCUCAGUAUGUGUGUCUGGACGUUGUUUAGUUUGUUACACAGCAUUUUUUGUAGGACAAAGACUAAUCCUGAGGAACACAAACCAUAUUGACAAUCUUUAGACUUUUUUUUUCUUUUUUUUUUUUCCAGAGGACUGAGUAUCACCUCUUCCAGGGAACUCUUUGAAUAGAUAGCCAGUAACAUAAACAUGUGAUGCAUCAUUGAAAUUGAGAAAUACAAUACUCAUACAAAAACUUCGCAUGCUGAUAUAGAAAACUUUCCAGUGUAGUGAAAAGGAAGAACUGAAGAGAAAACAAACUAUGAAAGUUUUGGUUAUUGGCCUUGGAGGUGUAACGAAUGGGGGGAAAACAACACUGGCAGAGAAGCUUAAGAAAAUGCUUCCCAACUGUGAUAUAAUCUCUCAAGAUGACUUCUUUAAGCCAGAGUCCGAAGUGGAAACAGAUGAACGUGGAUUUAAGCUAUACGAUGUACUUGAUGCCCUCUAUAUGGAUGAAAUGGUGAAAACUAUUCACAAUUGGAUGAAAAACCCUGCAAGCUCAGGCGUUGUGACAGAAGGGCUGCAGAAUACAUGUGACAAUCUGAAAAAUACAGAUGUGCAUGUUUUGAUUGUUGAAGGCUUUCUGUUGUACAAUUAUGAGCCACUUAAUGAAUUAUGGGACAGAAGAUAUUUUUUGACGCUUCCUUAUGAAGAGUGCAAAAGGAGAAGGAGCACCAGAGUCUAUCAGCCAGCCGAUACGCCAGGGUACUUCGAUGGACACGUGUGGCCUAUGUAUCUGAAAUAUAGAAGUGAAUUGGAAGAGAAUGCAAGUAGUGUUGGUAUGUUUAUUUGGAUGGAACAAAAUCCCAAGAGGAGCUUUUGUCCUAUGUGUAUAGUGAUAUAAAAGAGGAGUUAAAGAAGCUGAAGGAAGCAAAUCAGAAGGUCACAGAAUGAUUAUGUAGGAAGCCUGGCCUCCAUUUGAUGGGAAUUGAAAACCUUAAGAGUCAUACUUGGCAAGCCAACAAACUGAGCACAUCCUACGUAUACAUCCGUAACAGUAGUUCGUGCAACACAAGUACAUUUGUAGUGACUGUUAACUCUGUAAGCCUCAGGUGGUGUUGAGUAGUGUCAACAGUGCAUUGUCCUUUAAAAUUCCUUUAAUCAGAAGAUCAGCUUGGGCUGAUCUUUAAAUUUGAGUGUACAUUUUACAGAAAAUAUUUUUGUGUACAAAACUAAAGAUGCAGUUCUAUUGGAUUAAUAAACAUAUUUUAGCAUGGAUGAAUGCCAUGUGAAGUAUAUAUAUAGGAAUGACCACAAUUGCCUCUAAUAUUUUUUUGAGCUCCUAAUCACUGAUAAAGAUGAUUAGAGGAACUAGCUAUAUGCUGUAGCAAUAGUAAGUUAAAGAUUGUAUAAGCCGUUAUGCUGCUUAUUCUGUAACUGAAGCUGUUAUUGAAUACACCACAGCUGAACUUACUUAGGCUUGGUUAAUACCUGUGUUGUGUUUGUCAAAUAACUUUUUUGUUGUGUAUUGGUUGGAGCAGGGAAAAAGAGGGAAUAAUAAGUUGGAAAGAUUGCACAUGCAUUGCUGACAAGACUAAGUACAUGUAUAGUGCAGAGAUUGAAGAUUUGGAUGGCACAGACUUCUAGGCAAUAAAUGGAGGAGGAAGGAAGAAAUCGUCAUUAAUAGUUCAGAUUGAAAGUAAUGAAAGUCUUCAGAAAAUAGGUAUGCUAAAUGUAUGUUAAGUUUGUUGUGGGAUUUGUGUAUGUAAAUUUCAAUAAACCAGGAAACUAUGAAGUUGAAUUGUAUUUGAUAGAAUGAGUAAUGUAUUAACUCUUCCAUUUUGUAUACAAUCUUGCAUUUUUCUCAGAAUAAAAAUCAAGCUACAGAUAUGAAAAGCAGAGGGGUGAGUAACUACUUAUAAUGUCUCAGCUAAAGAGAUCACAGUGAUUGAAAUGUAAUGCCUUGUUGUUAGCAGUAUUAAGAGUCUGAAACUAGUGUAUAAGAAAUAGGUCUUAUGCAGAUUAGUGCUGUGUAAAGCUGUGUUUAGG